AGUCAAGUAUAAGAGGGAUUCAGAGUGAACAUAAGAACAUUUUGGUACUCAUAUUUUGUCUAUAGUUUUUCUAUAUUUGUAUGUAACUUGUUGAAGUUUAGAGUUAGACUAAUGGCUGCAAUAUUAUUUUGUGCUAUGGUUUUGGUGUUUCAUUUGCUUAUCUUCAACUUGGUUAAAGGUGAGAGUAAAUCUUGUCCAAAAGAGUUCAAUUGUGGAAAGCUUGGAAAUAUGAGUUAUCCAUUUUCAGAAAUCAAGAAACCUCAUUGUGGAUUAUGCAAGAUUGAUUGUAAUAACACUCUUGAAAAUCCAAAAGUUGAGAUUGAGGGAGAGUUAUACAAUGCAUACAAGAAGUGGUUUUUGGUUAACAGUAUCGAUCUUUUGGACCCUAUUCUUGAUGUUUAUUUAACUAACAGAAGUUGUAAAUCCUUUGAAAGGAAUCUAUCUUUUCCAAAUUCUCCUUCUGUUUCAUUUGGAGUGUUCAACAAUAUCACUUUGUUCAAAUGUAUGAAUAGAAGUAUGGAGAUAGAUGGUUUUUUUCGGAGUUAUGAGAACUACUCGAAAUGUGAUGGCUUUAGCUUAUACUAUCAUAAACCAAGAACAAAUCGAAGGCGUAGUAUUCCAACUGGUGUUCUUCCUGCAAAUUGUGCAGUUAUUCGAUUGCCUUUGACGUUUCUUUCGCCUUCAGAACCAAUUCCUAAUGAUUUGUUUGAUCUAUUAAGUUCAAAGUUCAAGUUAGAUUGGGAAGUGUCAAGAGAUUGUUAUGAUUGUAUCUAUAGAGAAGGGCAAUGCCAAAGUAACAGCAAAAACCUCUUCUUUUGCUCCAAAGCAGCAAAAAGAAAUUUGGGACUGGUUUUAGGCACAGUGCUUUGUGGUUUCUUGAUCAUAGCAAUCAGCAUUGUGAUACUUAUAAUCUGCUGUUGCAAGAAGGGUAAUAGAAGUUUUGCGAAUAUUCUUCCGAGAAGCAUCCCUUCAGACCCCUCAACACGAAGCUACGAGUUAGACAGCGGGUUCUUUGGCGUUCCCAUCUUCACUUAUGCUGAACUUCAACAAGCUACCAUGAAUUUUGAUUCCACCAGAGAACUUGGAGAUGGAGGAUAUGGAACAGUAUACUAUGGGAAACUUCAGGAUGGAAGAGAAGUUGCAGUGAAACGCCUCUACGACCACAAUGCUAGGAGAAAGGAGCAGUUUAUCACUGAGAUUGAAAUUCUAACAAGGCUAAGGCACAGAAAUCUUGUUUCUCUUUAUGGUUGCACGUCUAGACUCAGCGAUCAACUUCUACUUGUUUAUGAGUAUGUCCCUAAUGGAACGAUCGCUGAUCACUUGCAUGGUCAUAAGGCGAAGGAUUGCUCGCUCACAUGGCCUAUUCGCAUGAAAAUUGCUAUUGAAGCUGCCAGUGCUCUGGCUUAUCUGCAUGCUUCUGGUAUAAUCCACCGCGAUGUGAAAAGUAACAACAUACUACUUGAUCAGAACUUCAGUGUCAAAGUCGGAGAUUUUGGGCUUUCAAGACUUCAUCCAAAUGACAUUUCUCACAUAUCAACUGCACCACAAGGUACCCCUGGAUACGUCGAUCCAAAGUACCACGAAUGUUACCAGCUGACCGAUAAAAGUGAUGUUUAUAGCUUCGGAGUAGUCCUCGUUGAGCUGAUAUCAUCCAUGCCUGCAGUAGAUUUCAGUAGACGUAACGAAGAGAUCAACUUGUCUAACUAUGCUAUAAACAGGAUUUUAAGGUGUGCAUUCGACGACUUGAUAGACCAAUCUCUUGGUUUUCAUUCGGAUAAAGAAGUUACGAGGAUGACUACCUUAGUGGCCGAGCUAUCUUUUCGAUGCUUACAACUCGACAAGGACAUGAGACCUAGUAUGGUUGAAGUACUAGAAACAUUGCAAGAGAUUCAACAAGGUGAGUUCAAACAUGACAAGAAAAUGGAGGGUAAUGUUAACAGUAAAGAGAGUGUAGAAAUCCCUCUUUCACCUGAAUCAGAAGACCAUGUAUUAUUGAAGAAAAACAAGUUUUUAACUUCACCAAAUUCUGUAACUCAAAUGUGGACUAGUGACUCUAGUACAAGUACAACCACUAGUAGAUGAGAUUCAUAUGAUUUUUUCUUUUGUUUUUUUUUUGUUUCCUAGAUCAUGUUGAUAAGCAGAAAUACACAGAAAAUUGAGCCAAGUCAUAACAUUAACUGAAUUUUAGUAGGUACUUGUUUCAUGCUCACUAAAGAGCUUUAGCGUAACUGGUAAAGUUGUUGUCAUGUGACCAGGAAGUCACGGGUUUGAGCCGUGGAAACAACUUUUUGCAGAAAUGCAGGGUAAGGUUGCGUACAAUAGACCUUUGAGGUCCGGCCAUUCUCCGGACCCGUCGCGCAUAGCG